AUGUCCAUCAUGAACAGCUUCGUGAACGACAUAUUCGAGCGCAUAGCCGCCGAAGCUUCCCGCCUGGCCCACUACAACAAGCGGUCGACCAUCACGUCGCGGGAGAUCCAGACCGCCGUCAGGCUCCUGUUGCCCGGCGAGUUGGCCAAGCACGCCGUGAGCGAGGGUACCAAGGCCGUGACCAAGUACACCAGCUCCAAGUAAGCCGGCCGGCAGGCCAGCGCCCCGCAACGAGCGAGCCCGCUCCGCACAAACGGCCUUUCUAAAGGCCACCAA